AUGGUGCCGCCACCCUCCGCCUCCGUAUCCUCGUCUUCCUACACUUUCACCACGCCAACGGCGGGUGGCAGCAUGAACGCCGAUGCGCCCCCCAACGGCCGCCCCGGCAAGCCGCCGCUACCGCACAUAGAUGACCUCCUCAAUCCGCCUGUCAAUAUCGAUGCCUUCGCCCCCAUCGAGACCGUCAUAGCACAGGGUGAAAAUCACCUUAGAAGUGCCGAGUCUCUCAAGGGCUUUGGACGUCCUCAUAUGGCCCUGAAGGAAUACGUCUCAGCUACUGUAAUAGCUGUCGAGGCUAUUCCAAGGAACAAGGGCUUUGCUUCUCUCUCAGACAGGAAGCAGCUGGCUGCACGUCACACAGCUCUGAUGCGCAAGAUCCAGGCCUUGCAUCCUGAUUUCGAGAAGGUCAAAGCAGCUGUCAAGCUGGACAAUCAAAAAAGCGGCGUGCGCCCUCAACGUGCCAGCUUACAAUCCACACGGGCCAAUGGCCAUGCGCAGCCAGGACUGCACUCGAAUGGGGGUACGGUAAAGCCUGUGGCAUCAGAGUCGCCUUUGUCCGGCAACGGAGCCGUGCCCAGCCCCGGAUACGGCCAAGAUGCAGAAAACGGGAUUGCCACCAGAAGAUCAGCGCCGUACCCGAAGCCUCAAGCCUUGCAUGGAAACUCUGUGCAGAAUGGGCCAAACGGCGCCGGUCCUUUGAGCCCUCCAGUCCAAGAUCUUGCUGAACGUUUUGCAAAUUUACGAGGUGGCAAAAAUGGACCUGGCGGCUCAUCACAACGGCCGUUGGGAUCAACAGGCUUACCGCCUACACCGAAGCAAGUCGCUGGAAUAUCGUUACACAGCAACAUUCCCACCGAGUUCCCCAAGGUCCCCGAGGCCAUCUAUAGCCCAGCGCGGGGCACCGUUUCCAAUGAGUCCGCGAACCUCCCCUCGAGUAAUUCGCGGGGAAUGUUCAGCCGUGCGGCUUCUUCCACGUCAAUGGCUUCGCAGGGCAAACAACCUCUGGGCAGAGAGGAUUAUUCCGCCCCUGCAAAUAACCAACAAGCAAAGCCGCCCUCAGCCCGUCCUCAGCCCCGAAUUCCAGAAGGAGAUACGGUAACGCCGGAACAGUUGGUUGAGUUCAUGCGUGGCUCGUCCGUCAACUUUAAGGUUCUGAUAAUCGAUGUGAGAACCAGAGAGGAGUUCAACGAAGGCCACAUCAUGUCAACCUCCAUCAUUUGUGUGGAGCCGGAUGUGUUGCAACGUGAACAUAUCUCCGCAGAGGAUAUUGCGCAAAGCCUGAUUCUCGCGCCUCCGCGCGAGGAAGAAAUCUUCAGCCGACGGAGUGAAUAUGACCUCGUCGUCUUCUACAAUCAAGAUUCCCAUGAGAUCAACUGGCGGGGCGGAACACCAGCAGAGAAUGCGUUGUUCGGCCUGUACAAUGCCCUGAAGCACUUUGAUUACGAUCUGACAGGAGACAGCAAGCCGGCGAAGCUCCUCAAGGGCGGGCUUGAUGCCUGGGUUGAACUUGUCGGCGCACAUGCUUUACAAAGAUCUGAAACCUCUGGUGGGAUCCAAAAACUUCAACACCCCAAGCCGCGGUUUCCCCUGUCGCUUGGUCAGGGCAGACCGAAAGCAAAACCAAUCCAGAAUGCCGAAGAUGCUAGACGUUGGAAUGAAAAGCUCACCAACGAGGGGCAGAGCAUUGUUCGCACACAAGAGGAAUUCUUGAGGAGAUUUCCUGCAGUCAGCGAUGUGCGAGAGUCAAUGACUUCUCCUGUCACACAAGCCACGAGGGGUUUUCCUGCCUCGGCAGAUAUUAACAACACGAUGCUUGCGCCGCCAGCUCGGCCGGCCCGGAUCUUGACCCGACAGAGCUACACCGGCUUGAGGGAAACCGGCGAGGAGGAACCAUAUGCACCACUUGCUGCAGAACCCAGGGCUCUUCUGCGGAGAGAGAGACGCCCAGUCGGCCUCAUGAAUCCCGGUGUCUGGUGCUAUUCCAACGCCUCAAUCCAGGCCCUUUUCCACUCGAGCGGCUUCGUCGACGAGUUGGUCGGCGAGGACUGGCAGAGUCGAUGGAAGGUACCGAUGCGCGAUGGAGAGAAAUUGGAGAACCACCAAUUCCUGUCCAAAAUCUUGUCCAAUCUGUUCCACUGGAUGUUGAAUGGCCAAUUCGAAUCGAUGGAAUGUAGGACCUUGAUGGAAUAUUGCAACUUCAUUGACCGCAACACAGUGCUCUAUGAACGGGGGGAGAAUCAGCCAAAGGGGGCACUUGAAGCAUUUGGCAGCAGAAACAAGCAGCAGGACGCCGAGGAGUUCAUCAGCUUCCUGAUGGAUCACCUUCAUGACGAGACAAAUCGUCUGCGGAACAAAAAUUUUAAUCCAUCCGACUUGGUAUUUGGUCAAAAUAAACAUGAAAAUGCCAUUGCUUUCUGGAGCGGAUGGUGCUCGGCCAACGAUUCGGUUAUCGACCGUUACUGGCGCGGUCUGUCGCAAAACAUCGUCCGCUGCAAAAGCUGUACGCACACCAACUACAGCCAUGAGGCCUUCAACAAGAUCCAGGUUCCAGUUCCGGAAUCGAGGGGGCCAUGCAAGUUGGUAGACUUGCUGCCAGGCGGAUUCUCUUAUAACGAGCCUCUGGACGAUUACAAGUGCGACGGGUGCAAGCAGAAGAACACGACCUGCUCAACGGUACGACUAACCAGGCUACCCAAGCUCCUGUGCAUCUCUCUUAGUCGAUUCAGUGUCGACAUGGGAGAUACCAGAAAAAACAACACCAAGGUCAUUUUCCCCCUCGACGAUUUGAAUCUUGCGGCUGUAUCAGACCCAACACCAAGUAAGGACGGAGUAGGUGAAGAGUGGACAGGCCCCUUCCGCUACUAUUGCUAUGCGGCCGUUCUUCAUGGCGGGAGUUUGAGAUCCGGUCACUAUACAGCAUUUGUGAGGGACCAGAACCCGUCCAGGAACGGCGGUGUCUGGUACCACUGCAACGAUUCAGUCAUUUCGACCAAGACGAUCAAAAACGAAGAGGAUGCUGAUGCGGCAGGCAUGUAUGCUGCAGACUCGGAAUCUUCGGCCUAUAUUCUGUUUUACAGUCGUCAGCCCGCGGGGAAAUGA